GCGCGAGCACCUCGCCGUCGGUAUCGAGGUCACCUUUGACCAGACCUUGGCCACCCUAGCAAAGAGUGAGCUUCUGGCCAGGGCAUGUCUCGAGGCCACCGUCCCGGGCCUCGCCACGGUGCUGCUCCUCGUCCGGGCAUGGGCUCAGAGGCGGCGGAUCUGCGGACAGAGACAAGGCGACGAGGACGACUCAUCGUCCCUCGCCUAUCGUCGCUCCACGGCGAGACUCCGAGGAGGAAUCGUGUUCCUCCCCGUCCGUGCGACGGACGUCGGCAUGGUAAAGGCGGUCAAGUGA